UGGUUAGAUGUUUGUGUGGGAACUUGCUGCGCACACACACACACACAGACACACACACACACACACAGACACACACACAGGCUCUCUGUGUGAAGGAGGACCGGUGCUCCUCUCUCCGCUCCUCCUCCCGGUGCUCCUCUCUCCGCUCCUCCUCGGUGCUCCUCCUCCUCGGUGCUCCUCCCGGUGCUCCUCUCUCCGCUCCUCGGGAGAUCGUGCUCAGUUAACCGACGUGAACCUGAGGCAGGUCCGACCAGCUGGACGCCGCUGAGCCAGCUGCUACAGGCCGAUGACCCCAGUGUAAUGUAAGGCGAUGCUCGCUCGGCCAUCAUGGCCAGUGUCACGCUGAGGUACUUCUGUUAUGGCUGCCUCGUCACCUCGGCGACCUGGUCCGUCCUCCUCUUCCUGUACUUUUCGAUGGGGGCGGAGCCCGGCCAUGGGAGGACCCCCCUGCAGCACCACAGCCAGCCAAUCACCAAGGGCCUGGUCAACCAAAGAGAGGGGCGUCGGCCUCUGCCAGCCAAUAAGGGAGUGGAGCUGUCUCCAGAGAUGGGGAUGAUCUUUAACGAAGCGGAUCAGGAGGUGAGGGACACAGGUUACCAUCGGCACGCCUUCAAUGUCCUCAUCUCCACCAGACUGGGAUACCACAGAGAACUGCCCGACACCAGAGACUCCCAGUGUCGGGAUAAGGUGUAUCCGUCGGCUCUACCUUCUGCCAGUGUCGUGAUUUGUUUCUUCAACGAGGCGUUCUCUGCCCUGCUGAGGACGGUCCACAGCGUUCUGGACAGAACGCCGGCGUACCUGCUGCACGAAAUCAUCCUGGUGGAUGACCACAGCGAGCUCGACGAGCUGAAGGGCGACUUGGACCGGUAUGUCAGGGAGGAGCUGCAAGGGAAAGUCAAACUUGUGAGGAACCAGAGGAGGGAAGGACUCAUCAGAGGACGCAUGAUAGGAGCCUCACAUGCUACUGGUGAGGUGCUGGUCUUCCUGGACAGUCACUGUGAGGUGAACAAAGCGUGGCUGCAGCCUCUGCUGGCUCCCAUCCAGAAGGACCGCCACACUGUCGUGUGCCCCGUCAUCGACAUCAUCUCAGCCGACACACUGUCCUACUCGCCCUCACCCAUCGUCAGGGGCGGAUUCAACUGGGGGCUGCACUUCAAGUGGGACCCCGUCCCCCCCUCCGAGCUCAAUGGCCCAGAGGGAACCUCCGGACCAAUCAGGUCUCCCACCAUGGCAGGCGGCCUAUUCGCCAUGAACAGGAAGUACUUUAACGAGCUCGGCCAAUACGACGCCGGGAUGGACAUCUGGGGCGGGGAAAACCUGGAGAUCUCUUUCAGGAUCUGGAUGUGUGGUGGUCAGCUGCUCAUCAUCCCGUGCUCCAGGGUCGGACACAUCUUCAGGAAGCGGCGUCCGUACGGCUCUCCAGGGGGGCAGGACACCAUGGCCCACAAUUCCCUGCGGCUGGCGCACGUCUGGAUGGACGAGUACAAGGAGCAGUAUCUGUCCCUGCGUCCGGAGCUACGUGAGCGCAGUUACGGUGACAUCAGCGAGCGCGUGGCGUUGAGGAAGCGGCUGCAGUGUCGCUCGUUCCGCUGGUACUUGGACACCGUGUACCCCGAGAUGCAGACGGUUGCCAACGGCAACAAGCAGCAGCAGCCGGUGUUCAUCAACAAGGGCCUGAGGCGACCCAAAGUCCUGCAGAGAGGACGGCUUCGUAACCUAGCAACCGGCCGCUGUCUGGUGGCCCAGGGCAGAGCCAGUCAGAAGGGCGGAGUCGUCGUCCUGCGGCCAUGUGACCCCCGAGACCCCGAACAGGACUGGGCCUAUGAUGAGGAGGGUCAGCUGGUUCUGGCAGGUCUGCUGUGUCUCGAUGUGUCUGAGGUUCGGACCUUUGACCCGCCCAGACUGAUGAAGUGUCACGGAUCGGGGGGGUCGCAGCAGUGGAGCCUGGGGAAGUCUAACCGGCUCUAUCAGGUCUCGGUUGGUCAGUGUCUCGCCGUCGCUCAGCCAAUCGGGCCCAAGGGUUACGUCUCCAUGGCGAUCUGCGACGCCUCACAGGGGCAGCAGUGGCAGCUGGAGGGCUGAAGACGAUGACAUCACACCUCCAUGUGUCGAGGAGACGAGGACGCGGUCGAGGAGACGAGGACGCGGUCGAGGACGCGGUUGAGGAGAUGGACGUGUUUCUAAAGACACUCUGAAGUCUUGCUCGGUGUCGUCUUGGAUCUUUGUGUUUUUACUGUUUUAGUUUUUCUCAGGACGACUUUGGUCGAGCAGUCCGUUUGAUUUUAGUUCUUUUAAUGUUUGGGAAGAAACACUUCCAGGUUCAAGGACAGACUGGAAAAUAAGGCUAAAGUAUCCUGGAGUUUGGAGAGAGGUUUUCCGGCAAUCGACAGGAGGAGUUUUUAAAUUUGUCUAUUUUCAAAUCAUAAAUUUCAAACCACACCUUGAAAAUCUUGUAAUGACCUUGAAAAUCCUGGAUUCAUCAUUGAAAACAUGAAUGAGUCUGUCAGACUGAUGUGUGACCUACGUGUGAAGUCAGGUGAUAUUUUGAAGAACUUUGUUUCAUCAUUGAAUCUUCAAUAAACGAAGAAGAAGUAAAAUGAU